GACAAAUAUAGAGCAGAAAUGCUAUUUUCAAAUCCAUGUAAUUUCGAAAUAUUGCCAUAUCGUUUGGAUAUCUUCUAUCUGGAAUUUGUGAAUAUAUUUUAGAUCAGCAUAAAGACGUUUGAUUAAUGAUGGGGAAAACGAGGUCUUUUCAGGAGGCAAUGGCAACGCCAUUUGAAGAUAAGAGGCUGCUGAAGGAGUCGAGGAAUAAGGAGCAGAAUAAGGAGGGAGGAAUAAUGGAGGAGAAUAAGAUAAGAAAAAGACAGGUGAUGUUUGUGGGGCGAUGCAUAAGAGUUCAAAUCAAGCAAUAUGAUACCCUGAACAUGAUGGAUGUGUUGAAGGGGAAGAUAAGUGAGUUGGAGAAACGACAAAUCGAGGAGAAUAAGAUAAAAGAGGCACAGAAGGGGAUGAAGGAGGAGCAAGGCAAUAAGCCAAAUCACUUGAUACCGUUACCUUUCGAAAGGAAGCUGUUUAGUCCGGAGGAAUCGACGCUGUCGUAUUCGGAUGUGAUGGCGUUUCAAAGGACGCUAAUAGAGUGGGAUCCAUUUGAUGAGAAGAUGAAGAUUAGCAGAUUCUUGGAAUCUAAUCUAAGAGAAUACCUUGAAAUGUUUGGAAGAAAUGCUAUGAAGCAGCAUACAGCACCCCAGCAAAAAGAAUUUUUUUUCAAUAUCACUAAAGAUCACGGCGGGUUUGACGAUACAGAAAAAGUAAGAGGAAAACGAGCAAUAUUUGCCGACUGUCAUAUUGAAUCCCGUCCUGGACAGGCUGAUAAUCUUUUUGUAGUACAUGCUGAAUGCAGACCUAAGUGUCCGUUUGUAGUAAAUGAUAAAAAACGGAAUGCGGGGCAAACUAAUGAUGUUGCUACUCAAACAGUUCCAGUUCUCGAACCAGGAAGAAAUGCUAUAACGCUACAUGCUGCACCCCAACAAAGCGGAAAAUUAAAUGACAUCGUUGAAGAUCAAUGCGAGUUUGACGAUACAGAAAAAGAGAUACAAGAACUGGACCAACUUCUUAGGUGUAAAGUAUGUCUCGACAGUGAUGCAUGCAUCGUUUUCCUUCCUUGUCGUCACAUGUCGACAUGUGAAUAUUGUGAAGGCUUUCUUCAUCAUUGUCCUGUGUGCAGAUCAUUUAUCGAAGAGGCUGUGAAAAUAAAUGAGGAGUAGAUGACUUAUCGAAAAAGCUUUGUUUUGGUUUUGGGAAAUGCAUUAAAUGUGUCAAGAUUUUUUUUUAUUCAUUUGUGUACAUUUCUGUAUUCAUGGACGUAUAUUACUCUAAUGAAUAUAUUACUUUAUAAUUAUGUAAAACAUUGCUUCAUUCAGUCGAUGAACAAUUAUGAACAAAAUAUUUACAAGAAAUAGACGCCGCGUUUGAAUGAAUACAUUUAUAAGUGUUUUAGAUGAAAUUGAAGU